AUGGAUAUUGUUUCGUUCGCGCUCGAUGCACAAGCUUCUUACAACUCAGAUAAGCCUCUGUAUAUCGACGCCGCAGAUUCCUCGGUAUCAUUGAGUGCAACUCAAACGGAAUGUUUGGUGAAGCAACUUAUUGCCGGCUUCCGAGCCGCAGGGCUUAGGAAAGGUGAUCCGGUGUUGGUCUGCAUGCCAAACAAUUGUUUCUAUAUCGCCUUGAUACUUGGUAUUGUCGGAGCAGGCGGCGUGUUCUGUGGAACCAAUCCUGCAUAUCAGCUGGACGAGCUUGUUCAUAUCGCGAACAUUGCCAGGCCUCGUCUCAUUAUUGCAUCUCCAGGUGCCAUCCCCACAAUUGCACAAAUGUGCGAAAUCAAGGGUAUACCCAAUGAAUGCGUUUUUGCUUUCGACGACCUCUCAAUGCAAUCAGAACAUUUGGAUCAUCCGGCCAAGGCAGACGACACGCUUGCGUCUGAGAAAGAUGCAUCUGCUGGCACCAACUUCGUCAGCGACCUUAGAAAACAUGGAGAAUCACCAUGGGAUACAUUGCCUGACGAGGAGGCUGCAAGAAACACACCAGCAAUCUACUUUCCCACAUCUGGUACUACAGGUUUACCCAAGCUCGCCAGCCUUUCUCACUACUCCCUGAUCGCUCAACACAAGAGCCUCUUUACGAAAACGCCUUAUGAAGUAGUGCGACUAGCUUGUCUCCCACUCUUUCACAUCUUCGGGGUUGCUUGGGCCCUGUUCUCACCACUCAGAUACGGAGAACCUCUGUACAUCAUGGCGCGGUUCUCACUUGACGACUAUAUAUCGAAUAUCCACAAAUACGCGAUAAGUGAAACCUAUAUGGCACCCCCAAUGGUUCACGCCAUGAACAGAUCCGAUAGACCUCUGCGCCAACUGAUGUCUACGAUCCAGUACAUCGGCAUUGGUGGCGCCCCAAUUGAUGCUACAGCAAUGAGACAAAUGCGCUCAUAUCUUCAGCCAGGAGCGACUGUAACGCCUGUUUGGGGAAUGACAGAGUUCGGCCCAGCGGUUCUUUUUCGGUGGGGUGAGCAUGAUGAUACCGGGUCCAUUGGGCGGCUCAUGGAAGACUACGAGAUGAAGCUUGUUGAUGAUUUUGGCCGACAAGUUGUGAAGGACAACCAGCCUGGUGAGCUUCUUAUUCGAUCAAAAGCGAUCAUGACCGGGUAUCUGGGAAUCCCAAUGUGCAACGAAGAUGGUUGGUUUCCAACUGGCGACAUAGCGCAGGUACACGAGGACAAGCUCUACAUUGUUGGAAGGUCGAAAGAGUUGAUCAAAGUGAAGGGAUGGCAAGUUGCACCCGCUGAACUCGAGGCGGUUAUUAUACAACACCCAAAUGUCGUGGACUGCGCAGUAGUUGGCGUUUUGUCCGAGGAUAAGGUUACCGAGGCUCCUCGUGCCUAUGUCGUCCAAAGGCAUCCUGGUAGAGAGUCUGUACUCGGCCAAGAGAUUUAUGAUCUCGUACGUAGCCGUCUUGUAAGCUACAAGAAGCUAGCUGGAGGUGUUGUGUUUGUCGAGAGUAUACCCAGAACACCGAGCGGCAAAGUUCAACGAUUCAAAUUGUUAGAACGCACAGGUCUCCAGAUGGAUGAUGGGCGGUGGCCGUCCUUGUACAAGAGUGUACGGAAGUCGAUUGCGAAGCUGCGAAGGAACUUGUCGACUGCUGUUAGCGCAGCAAAGAAAAACCUUGGUGGCCCAGCUACGACUGCCUGGUUGCUUUCAUUACAAAGGAAACGUAUUGAUUGA